GUUCAUGUGAAUAUCGUAUUUCGUUUUUUUUUUCCCGAAAAUUUAAGUAAAGUUGACGAAGUUCGAUGCUUUUUCAUCGUUAUAUUAUCAGUUUACCAAAGACGGCUGAUUUUGGUUUUCAAAGUUAUUUGGGUUGUUUAUGUGGUUUGAUUUCUUUGAUUUUCUGUAAUUUCAGGGGUGGAGUUUCGUGGUUAUGGAAGUGGAGUACAAUCGAGAUGACUCUCCGACCAGAGAGCACCGGGAUGAAGGGAUAUAUGAUGAUUUAGAGGAGAAUGGGAAUGAUAUGUCAAGCAGGCACCGGAGCAAGGAUAGGAAGAAGAGUAGCCGAGGGGAAGAGAUGGAUGAUAGAAGUAAAGACCGAGAACGAUCAAGGAGUGAUGUUGUAAAGGAAAGAGAGAAAGAAUCUAAAGAGUUGGAAAAGGAUCGAGUAUCUAGCAAGGAAAGGAGGAAGGAUGAUAGAGAUGACCGGUAUAAGGAUAAGAGUAGAGAUAAUAAGGUGAAGGAGAAAGAUUAUGAUCAAGAGAGUCAUAGAGAAAAAGAGCAUGAUAGGGGGAAAGAUAGAAAGGAAAGAGGGAAGGAAAAAGAACGGGAGAAGGAGAGAGAGGUAGAGAAGGAUAGUGAUCGAGGACGAGAGAAAAAGAGGGGGAAUAGGGAUAAGGACAGGGAAAGGGAAAAGGAAAGGGACAAGGCAAAAGAAAAGGAAAGAGAAAAAGAGAGAGAAAAACAUAAAGAUCGAGAGAAAGGAAGGGAAAGCUAUAAAGAUACCGAUAGGGAGAGGGCGAAAGACAAGUAUAGGGAAAAAGAGAGGGAGUUGGAUCAAGAUAAGGAUAAAUCAAGAGACAGAGGAAGCAGGAGAAGCCUUGAAAGAGAUGACAAAGCGAAGCUAAAUGGUGAUGACAACAGGGAUAAAGACAUUCUUAAGCAAAGGAAGGUUUCCCAUAAUGCUGAGGACGAACAGCAUACUGACAGCUUAUCAAGCAGAACACAUCUAUCAGCAUCGGAGCUUGAGGAACGCAUCUUGAAGACAAAGGAAGAGAGAUUAAAGAAGAAAACAGAAGAUGUUCCUGAGGUUUUAGCAUGGGUUAGUAGGAGUCGUAAGAUUGAGGAGAAAAGGAAUGCAGAAAAGCAGAAAGCUAUACAGCUUUCUAAGAUUUUCGAGGAACGGGACAAUAUUGGUCAAGGAGAAAGUGAAGAUGAGGAGACAGCCCAGGAUCCCACUCAUGAUCUAGCUGGUGUUAAAGUUCUUCAUGGCCUUGACAAAGUAAUGGAAGGCGGGGCAGUUGUUUUAACACUCAAAGAUCAGAAUAUUCUGGCCGAUGGUGGCAUUAAUGAAGACAUUGAUAUGCUUGAGAAUGUGGAAAUUGGAGAGCAGAAGCAGCGAAACGAGGCUUACAAGGCAGCAAAGAAGAAAACGGGGGUUUAUGUUGAUAAGUUUAAUGACGACCCUGCUGCUGAGAAGAAAAUGCUUCCGCAAUAUGAUGAUCCAAUCCCAGAUGAGGGGUUAACUUUAGAUGAAAGAGGACUCUUUACCGGCGAAGCAGAAAAGAAAAUUGAAGAGCUACAUAAGAGGAUACAGGGUGUUCCCACAAAGAACUGCAUUGAAGAUCUCAACAUGUCUGGGAAGAUCACAUCUGAUUUCUAUACUCAAGAUGAAAUACUUCAGUUUAAAAAACCUAAGAAAAAGAAAUCCUUGCGGAAGAGGGAGAAGCUAGACAUAGAAGCCCUUGAAGCAGAAGCAGUAUCUGCAGGGUUGGGUGUUGAAGACCUUGGUUCUAGGAAUGAUGCAAGGAGGCGUGCCAAUAAAGAGAAGCAAGAAAGAUUGGAAGCUGAAAGGAGAAAUAGGGCAUACCAGUUGGCUUAUGCAAGAGCGGAUGAGGCAUCUAAAUCAUUGCGACUGGAACAAACUCUUUCAGUUAAACGAGAGGAAGAUGAAACUCCCAUCUUCGUAGAUGAUGACGAUGAUCUGUAUAAAUCCUUAGAGAAAGCAAGGAAAUUGGCUCUUAAAAAGAAAGAGGAGGAAAAUGCUGUAUCUGGUCCACAAGCAGUUGCUCUCCUUGCCACCACCACUGCCAGCAGUCAGACUGCAGAAGAGCAAAUCCCCUCAACUGGAGAGGCACAGGAUAACAAGGUUGUCUUGACCGAGAUGGAAGAGUUUGUCUGGGGCCUCCAGCUUGAUGAAGAAUCCCACAAGCCUGAAAGUGAAGAUGUUUUUAUGCAAGAAGAUGAACCCGAAGUAACUCAUGAAGAAAAAAUGGAUGAACCUGGUGGAUGGACUGAAGUUAAUGAUAUGGGUGAAGACAAACAACCUGCUAAUGAGGAUAGGGAGGAGACAGUUCCUGAUGAAACAAUCCAUGAAGUUGCAGUUGGGAAGGGCUUAUCAGGUGUACUGAAGCUGCUUAAAGAUCGAGGAACCCUUAAAGAAGGUAUUGACUGGGGUGGUAGAAACAUGGACAAGAAAAAGAGCAAACUUUUUGGUAUUGUAGAUGAUGAUGACGAGGAGCAGCCAAAGGAGACCCAUACAUCACGUCAAAAAAAGGAUGAACAAAGGGAUACUCGUUCAUCCUCUUCCAGCCAUCAAAAGGAUACUCAUGCACCUAAAGUCUAUCAGGAAAAGGAUAUUCGCAUUGAGAGAACCGACGAAUUUGGCCGAACUUUGACGCCCAAGGAAGACUUUAGGAUACUUUCUCAUAAGUUCCAUGGGAAGGGGCCUGGAAAGAUGAAGCAAGAAAAGCGCAUGAAGCAAUACCAGGAAGAACUAAAGUUGAAGCAGAUGAAGAGUUCAGAUACGCCAUCACUGUCUGCAGAGAGGAUGAGGGACACUCAAGCUUGCUUGCAGACACCUUAUCUUGUUCUCAGUGGCCAUGUUAAACCAGGGCAAACUAGCGAUCCCAGAAGUGGUUUUGCAACAGUUGAGAGGGAUCUCCCAGGAAGCUUGACCCCCAUGCUUGGUGACAGAAAGGUUGAACAUUUCUUAGGAAUAAAGCGCAAAGCUGAGCCUGAAAGUUCAGAUACACCAAAGAGGCCUAAAACUUGAAGUUGACGUUGGUUGAAUUUUGGAGUUGACCAUCAACAUUUUCAAUUUCUUGGCCCCUGUACAGAGCUGUGGAGAGAAUUUUCAAGGGUGUUCUAUUUGGUGUCUAAGGAUUUCAUUUGAUCUGAGGUGUGACUGGACCUUGGAGGUAGACGAGAAUAGACUCGUGGUUUGGAGUUUCUCUACUACGCAUCAAUGUAUGCGAUGCAUUGUUCAAUUGAAGAGCUAGAUUUGGAUGAAAUCAUCGUGUUUGACGGUCUAAAGGAUCCCACAGUGCAGUGUGUUGCAUGUUCUCAAUAGGUUCAUAAAUAGAAUGUCGCCACACCACUCGUUAAAGUGCGAGGGGAAACCACAACUCCGGUAGCAAUACCGUCAGGUAUCGGAGAUAAAACCAUUUCUACUUGCUUGCAGGCUAGUAGCUCGUUGGCGACUGUACAUGGUGGAGAUGAAAACUUUUAGACAAAGAAGAAAAAUUAAGACUCGAAUCCUCCACAAUCCUUCAAAUACUUGAUCUUGAUUUUUUCGAGUGUUGCCGGAGCAUCUUGCAUGCUAAUCCUCUCCUGGCAUUUCUGCAGGACAAGCUAGAGCCAAUCUCUUAACGGAUGAUAUGCAAUUCCUCAGGCUCUCGACUCUACUUAGUCGAGAUAAAGUUUUGUUGUUAUACAUAUGAACGGUUGAGAUUUAAGAUUUAGUUAAAUUUUAACGGUUCACA